UUUACGUUAUCCAUGAGGAAGAUAAGAGGCUUCAAGAUUGGGAAGAAGCUGGUCCGAAUCUCCGGACGGUUCAUCGGGAAAUCUCGGUGUCCACGUGGAUGUCGUCCCUUGACUCAGCCAGGAUCGUUUUGCAACUCAAACCCUUUCUCCAAGCUUAUUACUUGGGGUCGCCGCUUGACACAAGCAGCCAAAUCUCUCUGCUCAGUGAAACCCGGGUCGGGUUACGUCCCCGUCAAAGAGGAAGUCCAGAAAGGACGCUUGGCCGUCUACCUUGGUAAAAAAGGCGGCGACUUUCAUAGAGUUUUGGUGCCGGUUAUUUACUUUAACCACCCUUUGUUCGGCGAGCUCUUGCGAGGAGCCGAAGAGGAGUAUGGAUUUAGCCAGCAAGGUGGAAUCACGAUUCCCUGCGGAUUCUCGGAGUUUGAGAGGGUCCGAACCCGGAUCGCAGCCAGAACCGGAAGAUGGAAAAUGUCGUGGAAGCGCCACCUUUGA